AUGUAUCAGUUAACAGAAAAGACUGACAAUGUGCAUUAUGAAGACGACGAAAUUUUGAAGAGAAAAGCUAUUGAUGAGUUUACAAAGUUUAUACAAGAACAUCCAUACAUAAAAUUUAAUGGAGAAACAGACGAACUGAGCGUUCUUGCAUUUUUAAGAGCAAGAAAGUAUGUAAUUCCAAGAUCCAAAGAGUUAUAUGAGAGAGCAUGCCUGUUUGUCAAACAAAAUCCUGAAAUUUGCAUUUUGGAUGAAGAAAAAUAUACCAAAAUAUUGGAUUUAUAUGAUACAGGAGCAAUUACAGUAAUGAAAGAACGAGAUGCAUUAGGCAGGAGAAUAAUUCUGUGCGCGACAAAAAAAUUUGAUACAUCAAAGUACACACUCGACGAUACAAUGAGGCUGUUUAAUUUAAUACUGUGUGUAUUAUCAUUUGAGGAAGAUACACAAAAAAAUGGGACAAUUUUUAUCAAUGACCUCAAUGGAUUGAGUUUAAGUCAUCUAAAAUUAUUUCCAUACAAAAUGCUUGCAAAUUAUUCAUCGUACAUGAAUAUCAGCGUCGUAAAGAUUAAAGAAAUUUAUGUUGUUGGAAUGCCAUCGAUUGCUGUUCAACUAUUCAAAGCCAUUCGUUAUGUGCUGGAUGAUAAAAAUCGAAGUCGGCUUCAAGUGAUGAGUGAUUUAGGAAACUUGUGGCAAUUUGUUGAUCAAAGCAAAAUGUCGACUGACUAUGGUGGAAAAAGUUUUACUGAUAUGGAAACUUUGUAUGACUUUAAAAGCAUUAUAAUUUCAAAUAAGAAAAGAAUUUUUGAACUUUCAAAAAAAUUCAUAAUCAACACAAAAAAUAAAUAUUGA